AUGUCCUAUCUCUCGCCCGUCCACGCUACAGAGCAUCCCGACAAUUCGCACAUCGCUACGUCGGUCUAUGGCUCUUCGGCAGCUGGGAAAUCCCUGCCGAAAUGGGAGAUGAACGAGGAGGGUCUAGAGCCUCGACAAGCUCAGCGAUUCGUCCAAGAUGAGAUGUUGACCGACGCAAAGCCUGCUCUGAAUCUAGCUUCCUUUGUUACGACUUAUAUGGACAAAGAGGUCGAAGAGCUUAUGUUGCAAAACCUCAACAUCAACGCCGUCGACGCAGAAGAGUAUCCGGCCCAGGCAAUCAUGGAGUCACGCUGCGUCAACAUGAUCGGGCGCUUGUUCAACGCGCCAAUCCAUGAUGCAGACAAUGAGGUUAUCGGCGUCAGCACAGUUGGCUCGAGUGAAGCCAUCAUGCUGGCCGUGCUCUCUGCCAAACGCCGUUGGAGAAACAUGCGCGAGGCGGCAGGAAAGGACUUCAGCAAGCCCAAUAUCGUCAUGAACGCAGCUGUACAAGUCUGCUGGGACAAAGCCGCCAGAUACUUUGAAGUCGAGCCCAAGUUCUGGUACUGCAGCAAAGAUACCUUCCUUGCGGUGCCCCAGGAAUUAGUCGACUUGGUGGACGAGAACACCAUUUUGGUAGCUUGCUUGCUGGGCUCGACCUACACCGGUGGCUACGAAGAUGUCAAGUCUGUCAAUGAUUUGCUCGAAAAGAAGAACAAAGAGCUCGGUACGGAUGUGACCAUCCAUGUCGAUGGCGCGUCCGGUGGAUUCGUCGUACCGUUCGUGCAGCCUGACCGCGUCUGGGACUUCCGUCUGCCGCUCGUGUCGUCCAUAAACACUUCUGGGCAUAAGUACGGACUCUGCUACCCUGGUAUCGGUUGGGCCAUCUGGCGCUCGAAGAAGUACUUGCCCGAGGAGAUUCUCUUCACGGUCAACUACCUCGGAUCGCCGCAGAUCUCUUUUACGCUCAAUUUCAGCAAGAGUGCGCUCGGCGUCAUCUCACAAUACUAUCAGCUCAUCCAGCUUGGCAAGGCGGGCUAUCGUGACAUUAUGAUGAACUGCACAAAUACGUCAGACUAUCUGGCAGAGCAGAUCAUAAAGAUGGGCGGCGGCAAGCUCUUUGAGCUCAUGUGCGAAACUGGCGGCAAUUCGCUGCCUCUCGUUGCAUGGCGACUUGUCGGCGAGCACGCUUACGAUGAGUUUGCCAUCGCUCGAGAGCUCAGAAGCCAGGGAUGGGUCGUACCGGCUUACACGCUUGCGCCCAGAGCAGAAUCGGUCAAGAUGCUGCGCGUGGUCUGUCGCGAAGACUUUUCACGAUCGCGCUGCGAGACCUUUGUGCGAGAUUUGCAAGCAGUCGUGGAAUACCUCGACAAGACGCCGAAAGCGGUUCUGGACCAUCUGGCCAAGCAUCCCAAAGUCGGUGGCAACCACGAUGAAGCCACUCAUCACGGCAAGCACAAACACAUGCAGCCCAAACACUCGCACAAGCCAGGGAAGACACACGCUGUCUGCUAAGUAUAAUAUAUUGUAUAGACAUACAAACCGAUCUAUGGUGAUGCACAACGCAAAUAUGACGUCUUCUAGAGAUGCGAUGUAUCCGCUAGGAUUUCCCACCGGUUGCUCGGGCUGGUUUCGUGGCUUAAUUGUGGCCCGAACU